AUGCGUGAUGAUGACGCACGUGAAGAUGACAGCAUUUCCCGGUUCAAUGGCGAAGAUCUUAUGCAAAAAUUGAGAGGCAAAAGCUUCAUGUUUGUGGGUGAUUCCUUGAGCAAUAAUCAAUGGCAAUCACUAGCAUGCAUGCUUCACGCUGCAGUUCCGAAUUCUAAUUACACAUUUGACAGAACAAGAAAUCGUUCCGUUCUCUCAUUCCCGGAGUUUGAGUUCACGGUCACAUUCUUGAAAAAUGGAUUUCUCGUUGACCUAGUGGUCGAGGAAGCAGGUCGAGUUCUCAAACUCGACUCUCUCAGCAGGAGCUACCAGUGGAAAGGAGUCGAUUUCUUAAUCUUCAACAGCUACCAUUGGUGGAUACAUACCGGCAGCCUACAAACAUGGGACUAUUUUCAAGUUGGUGACAAGAUCUACAAGGAGACUGACCAUAUGGAAGCAUACAAGAUUGCUUUGACUACUUGGGGCAAUUGGAUUGAUUCCAACAUUGAUCCUGCUAUGACCAAAGUGUUCUUCCAAGGAAUUUCUGCUGUUCAUUAUCAUGGCAAGGACUGGAAUGAACCAAUGGUGCAGGACUGCAGUGGACAAACAAAACCAAUAGAGGGUUCAAAUUAUCCAGGAGACAGAUAUCCAGGAGAGGCAGUGGUGAAGAAUGUACUAAGUAACAUGACAAAAUCUGUCUAUUUACUUGAUAUUGCACUGCUUACACAACUGCGAAAAGAUGGACAUCCAUCAAGAUAUGCGAAUGGCGAAACCGAUUGCAGUCACUGGUGUGUAGCUGGAGUUCCAGAUGCUUGGAAUGAACUAUUGUACACAAUCUUGCUCCAGAAAUAAUUUCUGAAGCUAGUGUAUUCUUCUUUCU